CCUGUCAAACCCCGUUCCCUCGCGCAGCCGUCGUCAACACAACAGAGGAAGUAACGAGAAGCUAACCUUGCACUCGAAAACGAAUUGCUACCGCCAAUACAGUGUUUACUAGUGUUAUUAAGUUACCCAAAGUUAACAUUGUCGUCAAGGUAACUGGCUGCCUUUGUUCGGGGUUCACUUGGCAUGGAGUGAAAGGGGAAAAUGUUUAGGAGCAGUUGCCGCUCCUUGCUAACUUGUAAGCUAGCAGGCUAACGAUCAGCUGUUGUUUUGGUCGGAGAGCUAGCUAGCUAGCUGGCCAACAAGCCAUACUGCAUAGCAUUCCAGAAGUCUGCGAUACCAGCUGCGCCACACCAGAUUUCCUCAUUUCCUGUCGAAAGACAUGAAGUGCUAGGAUGGUUGAUGGCGACAAAUAAAGGCGUACCACCCUGACAGACUAUCAGCGGUCAGUCAGUCAGCCGGUGUCCGGCCAGGCGUCCACUCCGUGUGGGAUCGAUCCAUCCAUCAGAGGGGUCUGGAACUGAAUCAGCAACAUUGCUUCAAGAUGCAUGACGCGUAUGAACCAGUGCCUAUUUUGGAGAAGCUUCCUCUCCAGAUUGACUGUCUCGCGGCCUGGGAGGACUGGCUGCUUGUGGGAACAAAGCCAGGACAUCUUCUCCUCUACCGAAUAAAGAAGGAUGCAGGUGGGAAGUGUGAUGCAACCCAUUCCUUGGGUGUUUGCAGACCUUCUGAACUUAACGUUUCCUUUUUUCUGCCUCUAUUCCCAUUAGGCACCAACCGUUUCGAGGUCACCCUGGAAAAAUCCAAUAAGAACUUCUCAAAGAAGAUUCAGCAGCUGUACGUUGUCUCUCAGUACAAAAUUCUCGUCAGUCUUUUAGAGAACAACAUCCACGUCCAUGACCUCCUCACCUUCCAGCAGAUCACCGUGGUGUCCAAAGCCAAAGGAGCCUCGCUGUUUGCCUGUGACCUGCAGCAAACCAGCGCAGGAGAGGAAAGGUUGAGAAUGUGUGUCGCAGUGAAGAAGAAACUCCAGCUGUAUUACUGGAAGGACAGAGAGUUCCACGAGCUGCAGGGGGACUUCGGUGCACCAGAUAUUCCAAAGUCCAUGGCUUGGUGUGAAAACUCCAUAUGUGUUGGUUUCAAGCGAGACUAUUACCUCAUUCGGAUGGAUGGCCGGGGCUCCAUCAAGGAGCUCUUCCCCACUGGGAAACAGUUGGAGCCUCUGGUUGCCCCACUGGCUGAUGGGAAGGUGGCUCUUGGCCAGGAUGACCUAACCGUAGUGCUAAAUGAAGAGGGCGUCUGCACCCAGAAGUGUGCCCUGAACUGGACAGACAUCCCCAUAGCAAUGGAGCACCAGCCUCCGUACAUCAUAGCUGUUCUCCCUCGGUACGUGGAGAUCCGGACGUUUGAGCCGAGGCUGCUGGUGCAGAGCGUGGAGCUGCAGAGGCCGCGCUUCAUCACCUCAGCAGGGCAAAAUAUUGUGUAUGUUGCCAGCAACCACUUUGUGUGGCGCCUGGUGCCCGUGUCAAUAGCCACCCAGAUCCGGCAGCUUCUUCAGGACAAGCAGUUUGAGCUGGCUCUGCAGCUGGCGAAGAUGAAGGAUGAUUCGGAUGGUGAUAAGAAGCAGCAGAUACAUCACAUCCAGAAUCUCUAUGCCUUCAAUCUGUUCUGCCAGAAGAGAUUUGAUGACUCCAUGCAGGUGUUUGCCAAACUGGGCACAGAUCCCACCCAUGUGAUUGGCCUGUACCCAGACCUGCUCCCGUCAGACUACCGCAAACAGCUGCACUACCCUAACCCCCUGCCUGCUCUGUCCGGGGCAGAGCUGGAGAAGGCUCACCUCGCUCUCAUCGAUUACCUCACCCAGAAACGCAGCCACCUUGUGAAACAGCUCAAUGACUCUGACCCCUCUACGACGUCUCCACUCAUGGAGGGCACACCUACCAUUAAAAGCCGCAAAAAGCUCCUGCAGAUCAUCGAUACCACCCUGCUGAAAUGUUACCUGCACACCAACGUGGCCCUGGUGUCGCCUCUCCUUCGUCUGGAAAACAACCACUGCCACAUCGAGGAGAGCGAGUAUGUCCUGAAGAAGGCCCAUAAAUACAGCGAGCUCAUUAUUCUCUAUGAGAAGAAAGGCCUGCACCAGAAAGCUCUGCAGGUGCUGCUGGACCAGUCCACCAAGGCCAACUCUCCCCUGAAGGGCCAUGAGCGAACGGUCCAGUACCUUCAAAGACUGGGAGUGGAGAAUUUGGGAAUAAUCUUUGAGUUUUCUCCCUGGGUGUUGAAGAUCUGUCCUGAGGAUGGCUUGAAGAUCUUCACCGAGGACCUGACAGAGGUGGAGACUCUGCCCAGAGACAAGGUGCUGAACUUUCUGAAGGAGGGCUUUAAGGAGCUCGCCAUUCCAUAUUUGGAGCACAUCAUUUACGUGUGGGAUGAUAAGGGCCCAGAGUUUCACAAUGUGCUGAUCCAGCUCUACCUGGAGAGGGUCCAAGGCCUCAUGAAACAGUACCUCAACUCACUGCCAGAAGGAGUUCCAGCUGUUGCUGCGGGGAAGGAGGAAGGGGAUCUGGGAGAGUUCAGGAACAAGCUGCUGUCGUUCCUGGAUAUUUCUACCAGCUAUGAACCAGCCAGACUCAUCAGUGACUUUCCCUUUGAUGGUCUGCUGGAGGAACGGGCUCUGCUGCUGGGUCGGAUGGGUAAACAUGAGCAGGCGCUCUUCAUCUAUGUGCACAUCCUGAGAGACACCCGCAUGGCUGAAGAAUACUGUCACGGCCAUUACAACAGUUUAGUCGAGGGGAAUAAAGAUGUUUAUCUGUCCUUGCUACGAAUGUACCUGUCACCUCCCGACGUCCACUGCCUGGGGCCCAUCAAGAUGGAGCUGUCGGAGCCUCAAGCCAACCUGCAGGCGGCGCUGCAUGUCCUGGAACUGCACCACAGCAAACUCAACACCACCAAGGCCAUCAAUCUGCUCCCGGCAAACACCCAGAUCCGAGAGAUCCAGGUCUUUCUGGAGAGCGUGCUGGAGGAGAGGGCGCAGAGGAAGCGCUGCAACCAGGUGCUGAAGAGUCUGCUGCAGGCCGAGUUCCUCAGGGUGCAAGAGGAGCGCAUCUUCCACCAGCAGGUUAAAUGUGUCAUCACAGAGGAGAAGACCUGCAGAGUCUGCAAGAAGAAAAUAGGAAACAGUGCGUUUGCCAGGUAUCCCAACGGCGUGGUGGUGCAUUACUUCUGCUGUAAAGACCGCAGCGCGUGUCCCACUGAGCAGUAACGACUACUGUCUACUCAUUAAUAACCCCCUGUCACUCUCUGGAUGCCGAUGCUGGGGCAACUCUGAACUAGCAAGUCAAUGAGAAGGAUGGAGGAGCUCGAGUUAAUUGCCGGCCUGUGGCAGCCAACAGAACUACAGGUGCGGGCAGUUUUUAACCUGGGGCACAGUUGUUGUUGACGUCCCUCUCUGGCCGCUGGGCGGAACAAGACCUCUCUCUGAAGUCCAAGGCUAAGACUUUCUUCUCUCUGUGCAUGGAGUAGCAGGAGGAAUGUCCCGCUCCACUGGAGGGGAGAAAUAAGGACAACGAGUGUGACAUUUGAAAAGCACGUGUUACUGUAACGCUAGAAGGGAUUCCCUUCACGUCGCCUCGGAAGGAAACGGGCUGAUGACUGAUGCCCAGAGGUCCUCAGCACGAGAUGAUCCCAAGCCUUGGCUUUAUUUUCUUCUCCCUUCCUGUCUCUCACCGUCUCCCACUCCUCCUGUUACACCGGGUUACAGUCAAAUGCCCUGUGUCACUCUGAAGAUUGUCCUCCCAGUGAAGGCAGACGUCUGUCAGGAUUUGCGUUAGCAUGUGGCGGUACUGACUAAGCCAAACAGCAUUCUUCUUCCACUGUGUUUGGCUGUUUUUGUUUUCUUAUUUCACCGUUGGAGACUAACAUAUGAACAACUAACAUUAUUCAUAGCGAUGUUCUUUUCCUCAUUUUGUGUCUUGACAGUGUGUGAAUGAUUUCUCCCUGACAUUAUCCUCUGUUUAAUGCACUCAUCUGUCUUAUCUGUGUUCAGAUUUAGUUUCCUCUCCCAGACAUUAAAGGUUUCUGAAGUAGAAUGGUUUAAAGUGAGACUGUGUAACUGUGGCCACAGUGGUAAUUCCAGAAUAAUCACACACCCUUCAUUUCCCAGUUGCUUUAAACACAUCGUUGUAGAGCUGCAAUUAUCGGCCAACUGGUUGAUCAAUCAACUAUUCUGAUACUAAUUUGAGUCGAUGUCCAAAUUUCCUGGUUGUAGCUUCUCUAAUGGGAAGAUUUGCUUCUUUUCUUUGAUGUGACAGUGAAUUCCAUUUCUUUUUGUUGGACUGA